GUUCCAAGCUAGUCGUAGAAAUAAUUUCAAUCUGUGGACAGUCGGCUAUAUUUUAAAUUACAUAAUUACUACGUUCAGAAAAUGGAAUUGAAUAUAUUUCAGGGUUUUUUCCGAAUGUGCCUUUUGUUUUUCGUUGUGUUCCUACAUCCAGUCGCUGGCGAUUUGAACUAUUCUGUAAUGGAGGAAAUGAAAGGUGGAUCCGUGAUUGGAAAUAUCGCAAAGGAUCUGAAAUUGGAUGUGAAACGUCUGUCAUCCCGUCAGGCCCGUGUGGAUACCGAAGGUGGACGCCGACGUUAUUGUGAUAUUAAUCUGAAUACUGGGGAUUUGAUUGUGAUGGAGCGGAUUGACAGGGAAUCGCUCUGCGGGAAGAAGACUACUUGCAUAUUAAACCAUGAGCUUGUUCUGGAGAAUCCUCUGGAAUUGCAUCGUAUUUUUCUACAUGUUGAGGACAUUAAUGACAACUCUCCACAAUUCGGAAGCGAUGUUAUUAAAUUAGAAAUAAGAGAGUCGGCGGUUAAAGGCGCCCGUUUCCCUUUAGACGAGGCUCAUGAUGCAGAUAUCGGACAGAACGCGAUUCAAUCAUAUACAUUACAAAGAAAUAAUCAUUUUACGCUGGAUGUAAAUUCCAACACAGUUGGCGGAAAAUACGGUGAGUUAGUAUUAGAAAAUGAACUAGACCGUGAAAAACAGCAGGAAGUAACAUUACUACUCACAGCUGCUGAUGGUGGGUUUCCAGGGCGAUCUGGAACUGUACUUAUACACGUCACUGUGUUAGAUGCUAAUGAUAAUAUUCCCGUUUUUAGCCAGGCUGUCUAUAAGGUUAGUCUACCUGAAAAUUCUCCUUUAGGAACUGUAGUGGUAACAGUUAACGCUACUGACGCCGACGAGGGAGCUAAUGGAGAAGUUUCUUAUGACAUGAGACUUGUUUCAGAUGAAAUGUUAAGACUUUUUGAUCUUGAUGCGAAAACUGGGCAAAUAAAGCUAAAAGGACAAAUUGAUUUCGAAGAACAGACAAGUUAUGAAAUGCGAAUUCAAGCGAAAGAUGGGUCGGGACUGGCUUCCUAUUCAACUGUUUUAGUUGAAAUUACAGAUAUUAAUGAUAAUGCCCCUAUAAUAUUGGUUAAAUCGCUUAAAAUCACUCUAGCUGAGAAUGUGUUACCUGGCACGGAGGUAGGCAUAAUUAAUGUACAGGAUAAAGAUUCCGGUGUAAAUAGACAAGUCCAUUGCUCAAUUCAGGAAAAUGUCCCUUUUGAGUUAAUACCAUCUAUUAAGAAUUAUUAUGCCCUGGUGACUAGUGGUGAGCUAGAUCGUGAGCUAGUGUCGGAAUAUAAUAUUGAUAUUUUCGCAACUGACGAGGGUUCUCCGCCUCUGUCUUCUUCUCAAACUAUACAGUUAUCUGUGUCUGACGUAAAUGAUAAUGCUCCCCUUUUCGAUGAUCAAAUGUACCUCGCCUACCUCAGUGAAAAUAACCAGCCUGGUUCAUCUGUGUGCUCUGUUAGAGCGAGAGAUCCAGACUGGAAACAGAACGGCACAGUUACCUACUCUCUUUUGCCCAGUGAGGUCAAUGGUUUUACGGUGUCGUCGCUGUUGUCUAUUAACGGAGAUACGGGGGUGAUUCAUACUGCAAAAUCAUUUGAUUAUGAGCAGUUCAGAAGUUUCAAAGUCCAUGUUGUUGCCAGAGACAAUGGUUCCCCUCCGCUUAGCAGUAACGUGACCGUGAGUGUCUUCAUAACAGAUCAGAAUGAUAACUCUCCACAGAUACUAUACCCUGAUCCAUCAGGAAGCUCCUUCAUGACUGAGAUGGUCCCUAAAGCGGCUCAUGCCGGUUCUUUGGUUUCCAAGGUGAUUGCUGUGGAUGCUGACUCUGGACAGAAUGCAUGGCUUUCUUAUGAAAUUAUGAAGGCCACCGAUCCUGGACUGUUUAAAAUUGGUCGCUACAGCGGGGAGAUCAGAACACAGAGAGACAUGACGGAAUCAGAUGGCGUAAAGCAGAACCUUGCUAUUUUAGUAAAAGAUAAUGGACAACCUUCUCUUUCAACCACGUGUACCAUAUAUUUACUCAUAUCAGACAACUUAGCAGAGCUUCCGGAGCUCAAAGACAUGUCUUAUGAGGAGAGUAGUUCCAAAUUAACCUCUUAUUUGAUCGUUGCACUGGUAUCCAUUUCAACUUUUUUCGUCAUUUUUAUUAUCUUCAUCGUUGCUAUGAACUUUUGCUGUAGGAGAAAACCUAGACUGUUGUUUGACAGCGCGGUCGCCAUUCCCAGCGCAUAUUUCCCUCCCAACUAUGCAGAAGUGGAUGGAGCAGGAACUAUGCGCAGUUCUUAUAAUUAUGACACUUACUUAACAACAGGCUCGCGCACCAGUGACUUCAAGUUUGUUGUGUCUUACAAUGACAAUUCGUUACACAAACGCCAGAUUCUGAAAAAUGAAAUAAAGGAAAUGACUGAAGAAAUCACUGAGAGUGAAAGGAAAACCCAGUCCGGGAUGGACGAUCUACCUGUGGUAAGUUAA